AUGUCACUUCAAUCGUUCAAAUCAACUUUUGAUGAGAUUCUUCGUCAGAAUCCUUUACCCAAGAAACAUACUUGGAAACUACAACAACAGGUGAAUAUGGGCUAUCGAAGCAAUCAAGAUUGGUUCGAAGUGCUUUAUAGAACCCGAGCGAGCUACCAAUGUAAUCAUAGACACAAUUGGGAAUCUUCAUGGAGUAUGAUAUCAUUUCUAGUUCGGCUUGAUGUUAAACAAGGCUUUGGAAGAGUAAGAAUGAAACGGUUUGGUCAACGUUGCAAUUUAUGUAAAAACGAUGAUGAGUAUCAUCUGGGGGUGUGCAGUCCUGUUCAAGUUUGGUUUACAGUUCAACGUCUUUUACUUCACAUCUUACUGAGAUAUUAUGAGAAAAGAUCUGAUUGUGACUCUAUCAUGGAACAAUAUAUUAUACCCAUUAAUGAGGUUCCUCAAGGUAGAAGUGGUAGUGGACCACACCAGCGACACUGCUGUGAAGCCUGUGCUAAUGACCGAUGCCAAGAAGUGUUUAACAAACUGACAAAAAAGAAAUAA